AUGGGUCGGCUCAGCCUCGGCUGCCGUACACCCGUCAAAGGCAGCUGUCGUGUUUACAGCGCUCCGCGCUUGCGCAGUGCGUCCACAACCGCCGCCGCUGCAGACGCCAAGAAAGUGGCAUGGCUGCCUGCACAGCGGAGGGCGUAUCAUGCAGUGUCAACAUUGUUUUCUCUCCAGCCAGUGGAGGCCACAGACGACGCCUUCUGGGACCAGUUCUGGGCAGACGCCACCACUACGGUGCAGGAUGUUUUUGCACUGGUGCCAGCUGCAGAGAUAAGGGCUGUUCGAGAAGAGUCCCCCUCGAACCUGGCAACCCUCUGCUAUAAGGCUGUGGAAAAGCUGGUACAGGGGGCAGAGUCCGGCUGCCCCACAGAGAAGGAGAAGCAGGUGGUGCUGAACUGCACACGUAUUCUGACCCGCAUCUUGCCCUAUAUCUUCGAGGAUCAGGACUGGAGGGGCUUCUUCUGGUCCACUGUGCCCGGUGCUGGACGGGCCGGGACCGAUGAGUUGGACGAUGAUGACGGCGCUCGUCCGCUGGCCGAGUCGCUGCUCUUGGCCGUGGCUGAUCUGCUGUUCUGCCCGGACUUCACUGUGCACAGCCACAAGCGAGGCCCGGACUCGGUGGAGGAUAUGCAUUCCAUAGACAGCUGUGAAUACAUCUGGGAGGCAGGGGUUGGCUUCGCACAGUCCCCCCCUCUCAAUUACAUCCAUGACUUGAAUCGGACAGAGCUGCUGAGACUGUUGUUGACGUGCUUCUCCGAGGCAAUGUACCUGCCUCCUUCGCCGGACAACAACAUACUCAAUCCCUGGGUCACUUUCUUCUGCUCCACAGAAAAUAGGCAUGCCCUGCCUCUGUUCACAUCCCUGCUCAACGUGGUGUGUGCCUAUGACCCAGUUGGCUACGGCAUCCCGUACAACCACCUGCUCUUCUCCGACUACCGCGAGCAGCUGGUGGAGCAGGCCGUUCAGAUCCUCAUCGUCACGCUGGAGCAUGAGGGAGGGGUGGCCAACCGCCCCCACUCCCCAUCCAACAUAGAGGAGCAGGAGUCUAUUGGACCCGAUAACCUUUUCGUGAAUUAUUUGUCCAGAAUUCACAGAGAAGAGGACUAUGACUUUGUAUUGAAGGGCCUAGCGCGUCUUUUGACCAACCCGCUGACCCAGACCUAUCUGCCUAACUCCACCAAGAAGAUCCAGUUCCACCAAGAACUCUUGGUGCUCCUCUGGAAACUCUGCGAUUUCAAUAAGAAGUUCCUGUUCUUCGUCCUGAAGAGCAGCGACGUGCUGGAUAUACUGGUGCCCAUACUCUUCUACCUGAACGAUGCGAGGGCCGAUCAGUCCCGUGUCGGACUCAUGCACAUCGGCGUGUUCAUCUUGCUGUUGCUGAGUGGGGAGAGGAACUUUGGCGUUCGUUUGAACAAGCCCUAUUCACUCCACGUGACCAUGGACAUUCCUGUGUUCACGGGGACCCACGCCGACCUGCUGAUAGUGGUGUUCCACAAGAUAAUCACCAGCGGCCACCAGCGUCUGCAGCCGCUGUUCGACUGCCUGCUCACCAUUAUUGUCAACGUGUCUCCCUACCUGAAGAGCCUGUCCAUGGUGGCGGCAAACAAACUGCUCCAUCUGCUGGAGGCAUUCUCGACCAACUGGUUCCUCUUCUCUGCAUCCCAGAACCACCACCUGGUGUUCUUCCUGCUCGAGGCGUUCAACAAUAUUAUCCAGUACCAGUUUGACGGAAAUUGCAACCUGGUGUACGCCAUCAUCCGCAAACGUAACGUGUUCCAUCAGCUGGCGAACCUGCCGUCCGACCCCGCCUCCAUCCAGAGGGCCCUGCAGAGGAAGAAGAAGUCGCCGGACGUAAUUUCCCGCACCAGCUCUCAGGAGACGGUCUCCAUGGAGGGCUCGCACCCCGCUGUGCCUGCAGAGCCCGGUACACUCAAGGCCAGCCUUGUAGCGAUGCCAGGCAUUGAUAAGCUGACGGAGAAAUCCCAGGUGUCAGAGGACGGAACCAUGGUGUCAAUUCCCAAGGCAGACUGCCCACACACUAUCCAGUCAGACCCAAGUGGCAACGCUGGGACCAGCGACACCGAGUCAAAUUCAGGCAGAGACAAUGAAGAUGUUUUCUACACUGAGGCUGAAAUGGAGAGGAGGCGUUUGUCAACUGCAUCGUCGACAUCUUACUGGGCUCCGACACCAGAAUGGGUUCUCUCUUGGAAGUGUAAGCUCCCCCUGCAGACCAUCAUGCGCCUGCUGCAGGUGCUGGUCCCCCAGGUGGAGAAGAUCUGCAUCGACAAGGGCUUGACAGAUGAGUCAGAGAUCCUGAAGUUUCUGCAGCACGGCACGCUGGUGGGUCUGUUGCCAGUCCCUCACCCCAUCCUCAUCAGGAAGUAUCAGGCCAACGCAGGCACGGCCAUGUGGUUCCGCACCUACAUGUGGGGUGUCGUCUACCUGCGCAAUGUGGACCCUCCUAUCUGGUAUGACACCGAUGUCCGCCUCUUUGAGAUCCAGAGGAUGUAGAGAGGAAGUUGGAUGACUAAUUAAUAACGGGACUGGUCGGCUCCAGGCUUCCUGCUCCCGUUGGUAUCCGCUGGUUCCCCAGUAUGACUCACUGUGUUCAACUUGCCUCGUAAUCAUCAUUCUAACGCCCCCCCCCCCCCCCCCAACACCUCCACCUUGGGUAGGAGGUUCAUGUCCACGUGUGGGCUGGUUUUAGCUCCCAGUCUGACGGGGGACCUUGAGGAGGCUAUGACUGAAUUAUCUCUUGUGUUUUGUAAGUUUCCUCAGACUUGGAAGACCGCAGAAUGUCCGCCCAACCGAGAUGGCCGGCGUGCGCACAACAGGUUUUGUCUGCUCGUCCCGACAGUGUAGAAGCGACUGUAAAAUUGUUUAAAACCUCUCUCGAGGCUCGAGUAUUUAGAGGUAUGAUUGAUGAUUCCUUAUAGAGGCUCAAGACAUAUCCGAUGAAACAAAUGUUUUACAUUUUCUGUGGUCAUAAGUAUUUACCAUGCUUUAAGAUGAAAUCUGACUCCGUAAUCUUCGGUCAUGUAUAGUUGUAGUUUGUGACGGGGCAACUUUGCAGGACUUGAGAUGGAGAGAUAUUUAAAAACAGACUAGACGAUGUUUUUAUGUAUAUACGAUUGUCUCAAAACGGCACCUCAGUUGGAUUAUGCUGUAUAUACCGCGCUUGAUGUCGAUAGUAUUUUCCUUAAAUUAUCUUAAAUAUAUAUUUGAAUGCACUUAUCUUGUGUUACAGUACCAAAGUGUGGGCUUGAGUGUGCUUUAAUGGGAAAUUUCAAACAUGACUCCAUAAAAUUUUUAUCUUACUGU